AUGACGCAGGUGUGUGAUGUAUCGUUUGUCUCUCUACUCCGUACUCCGUACUCCAUAUUCUGCUGCUUCGAGAACUACGUUGCACGCAUUUUGCGUCACUCCAAAAAAAGAUCAAGCAUGGACGUCUCCGAUGAGACCGUACAGAGGAUCCAAAAGUUCGCAGAAAACCGCCAGGAAGCUGAACGCGAGUCAAAUGAGCCUCUUAGUGGAACGGCCCUGCAUGUCUAUACGCGACGGUUGGAUGCAACCUUGCAGGGAUUUCAGGAGCAAGUCAAGCGUCAACAAGAUGAAUUAAACAAGGUGUGUCAAUUUGUCUGGAUAUUAUAUAGCUUGCCUAGGGCUAAUUUAUCUUCUAAGCUACGCGAGCUGAACUCAGCCCAUCUUUUGGAAACAAGCAAUGACCCCUGGGCCCGCAUCUCUCAAGCCCGACGGGCUAAGAAGGCUUACGACUCACUUAUGAAGUCGGAUGACGAGCUUCCAUCAACAGACUCCGUGCUGCCAUCACUACUAGCCCUUGAGGAAACAUCGACCCUGGUUCAAGAGACCAAAGUGUCGGUGAGAAUGACCGCCGGGCAAUUGUCUAUGAACAGAGAGCGCCUCCUAGUUGAAGACGCUAAUCUCAAAGAUUCUCAAUCAAUCGCAACUGGGCUUCGAGAGCGGAUCCAACGAAUCCGCAAUGAAAGUGCAAGAAAGGAAAAGCAGACGCCAGCACAGCUAGCACGUGAACAAAUCGCGCAGCAAAAGAAGCAGAACAAAGACCUGGACAGCACCUCUUCAGACCUCAAGGUGUCCCUGGACAAAUUCAUAGAUGAUACCCUCGCGCCCAUGCUGGCCGCUGAGGAUCUGGGCGGCCCGACGGUUGGCGAUGCAUUCGAGGUAUCGGAUGCUACUCUUAAAGCGGGUUACACUGCACACGGCAAGCCUAAGAAGCAAAAGGAGCCUGUUGAGGCAGAGAGUGGAUCACAGCAACGCAUUGAUCAAUUCCUGCAACGCAAUGCGGAUGAAGCCCCUGCAAACAAAAGGGAAGCAGCGGCGAAAGAGAUGCAUGCCCUGCUCGAGACUAUGAUGGAGGCUGGAUCUUCUUACAUCGACCUUGAGCGCGACUCUGCUUCAUCAAGGUUCCUCGUGAGAGCCAAGGUUGCCCAGUUCCAUCCUCGAGAUGCCCGACGACUCCGUUUGAUUGAUUUCGGCCGCUCGUUAGGAAAUUGA